AUGGUGUCCCCGUCCCACAAGAGCAGGGCUUCCAACGAAGGCAGCAACCACUAUCAAACCUGCCUCCUCACAAACAGGGCGCGCACCCUCUCAAAACCCGAACGGCAUAAGAAUAUGGGCAACGCUCUGUCCAAAGCGAAACACGAGCUGAGAGUCCCCGAGAAGCGGGCACGACGGCGGUCAAGCCAUCAGCGAGGACGCCGUCGCUCUCCAAGAGUAUCUCGUUGUGGAAGCGAACCCCAUCCCUCAAGCCGUGGUCAGCACUCCACGACGUCCUCGUCUUCAAAGCCUUAUUCGUCAGGGGGAUGGCAAAUGUCUCCUCCCACAGUCUCUGAGCAUCGACCGCCGGGAACGAGAACACACUAUCAUCCGCUUGCCAGGCCGUUGUGGCGCCACCCGCAAAGCGAUCUUCGAGGACGACGACGACGACAUGAAAAUCCACGACAUCUGGAUGAGGAGCCAGAGAUCGAUGACCCGAACCCAGAGAACUGGCCGGGACAGAUGAUGCCUCAUGCUCCUCUCCCCCCUAACUGGGACCCUCGCUUCUACGCCGGUCUGCCGAGCGAGUCGACGGAGGACGUGCGUCAGAUACCGUGCCGCAGGCCAUUCGACCGACGACAGAGAUGUGAGCGCCAGCACCGCCGGCCUCCUGUGAGAGUCAGACGCAGUGAGAAGGUAUACGUCGACCCGCGCCAUCCGCAUUGGCUUGGAGUGAGGGUGACGUUGGUUGACGGCCCGCAUCUUCACUGGCGAUCGGAAGCAGAAGCUGGCAGCCGUCUUCCAGAACGACUUCAUGCCGCCGCAAGUCCUCGAACGCACGUCCAUAUCCGACACUCGAGAGCAACGCCUCUUGUGAGGCGAGGCGCCCACUGGGUGCGAGAGUACUGA